UCCGGUUUGUUUUGACAGCGAUUAAACUUCAUUAGCAGCUCCGGUCACUGAUCAGACUUUGCGGUGGGAUGAGCAUCAUGACGUCAGAACAAGACAAGGAGUUUAAAUCUGUGCAGCUGGAGCAGCAUGGAGCUGAUUCUCUUGGUCCCGAGGGUCAAGUGGACUCGACCAGCACUCAGGGUACAGAGAGUGUGGAGGAAAGCACCAGCGCAUCAGCGCAGCCCACUAUUAACACCACCAGCACGACCAGCAGCAGCACCACCGAACCGGGACAGAAGUGGGUCAGAGCCGUGGAACAGUACAAGCUCAAGAAAUUCUUCGUCCUUCGGCCGGGGACUUUUGACGGUGCAGUCGAUGACAUCAAGUCCAUGGUGGAUGAGAAGGAGGACGGUGAUGUUCAGAGUGUUUGGUUAAUGGCUGAAGUCGAUCACUGGAACAACGAGAAGGAGCGCGUGGUGCUGAUCACUGAGAGAUCUCUCCUCAUCUGCAAGUACGACUUCAUCAUGCUGAACUGUGAGCAGAUCCAGAGAGUUCCUCUCAACAUGGUGGAUCGUAUCAUCCAGGGCGGCUUCACAUUCCCCCCUCACUCUCUCCUCACGCGAGAGGGGGAGGGACUGCGUGUGUAUUGGGACAAACUCCGGGAGCCCUCUCUGACAUCGCGCUGGAACCCCUUCGCCGUCGACUAUCCCUACGCUACGCUGACCUACCACCCUGUACGAAAUAUUAACGAGAGGUUCUCCACAAUAUGUGAGAUCUUUAGUUUCAAGGAGCAGCUGAUGGCCGCAGCUCAGAAAGCCCACGCUCAGAGUCCAGUGCCCGGGAAAGCCAACGGGGUUCUGCUCAUGAACCAGCCCAUCCUCAUCGAGGCCUACGUGGGUCUCAUGUCCUUCAUCGGCAACCAGAACAAGCUGGGCUACUGCUUAGCCAGAGGAAACAUCGGCUUCUGAGCGCGGGUUCUGCUUCCACGUCCAGGAUGUUUUUGGUUUUUUUAUUGAAGGAACACUUUAGCUAUCGAAUAUUUCUAAAUAUGUUUUAUUUGAGUUCUUUUUAUAGCCAAAAACUAGUUUUAAUGCGACUCCGGGUGCCUGUAAUGUGGUAUCAUCCAUUUCAACCGUCUAGCCGCCAAAUCUCAGUCAAAAAUUGGCACUUGUGAUGCUUUGAUAUGCAACCUUUGAUCAUUUACAUGUAUAUAUGUUUAAAAGAAGGUUAAAUCCAGCCGUAUAGACGCUCGGCUUGGUAAAAUGUGGCGUAUAGUGACGAACACUAUUUAUUGCAUAUGAAAAAUAUAAAUUUUCAAGUACAAAAUAGUGACUUGUGUUGUUGUUCCAGCAGCAAAUAAUAAACAUAUAACAUACGA